AUGAUCUCCAAAAGUGUGCUGAUUGGGUCGGAUGAGUCAGAAUGCGGUCUGGGUUACGACCACCUCCGUCCUCCAGGCAAGUACUCUGAGGAUAACCUGCCCCAGGGGCCGCGGGGCGCCCUGUUCAAGGGGCUGCUCCCCGAGAUCGCCCCCCUGCUGGCGGCGCUGGAGGCUGUGGCCAAGAGCAGGAGGAAGAGCAUGUCCCAGGUGGCGAUCAACUGGUGCAUCUGCCAGGGCGCCGGCCGCGGCCUGCCGCCCACCAUCCCCAUCCCCGGCGCCAAGAGCCUGGCGCAGGCGCAGGACAACCUUGGGGCGCUCGGCUGGCGGCUGUCGGAGGGGGAGUGCCGGGAGCUGGAGGCGGCGGCGGCGCGCUGCAAGGGGCGCAUGGUGCAGAACGUCUUCCAGACGGCUUGA